AACCGUCCGAGCCUUGUUUAGAUGUAGAUCAGCUGGGACAAUAACAACAAUAACAGUCGAUAACUGGGUCGGGACGGCGCUUUUAUAAACGGACUACACCCGCCGUGAGCAACCAAAGGACCAGCGGCGGCUGUUUUAAAGGAUGCGCGCAUAUUUCACCGCUUUAUUUCCUAAUAUUUCCAGUUUUGUCGGAGUGCUUCCUGCGUGCCCCAACAAAACGAGGGGGUUGAAGAACUGCGGCUAAUAGCUAGCAUGCUAAUCUGCCCUAUAUUUUCAUAUUUGAAGAUAACUCAAAGUAUUCCGCUGAAUUGUCGCUUUCAUGCAUGUGCUCUCAAAGAUGCCUCUGAGUUCUGGUGAUGCCGUUUGCUUUGUAGAUAAUUUAUUGCGUUAGCUUACUCCUGGAAAGCUGCUAUAAACUUUUUAAUAGCCAUUUAAUUAAGCCCCGUCCUGAGUGUAAGGAGGAAUAAUAGUGUUUUAUAUGUGUACGCAGGUAGUUUGGCCGCUGUGCCGGAUUGUUUGUUAACUUAUUUCAGCUUUUGUUGUCGUGACAUGCUAGCUCGUUAGCAGGGUUGGUAGUUGUGUUCAGGGCAGUGCGGCCAGGCCUCGCAGGACACAUGAAAACAAAAGAUUAGCUUGCUCCGUUGCUAGCUCGCUUCAACCUUCAGUCUUUAUUAUUGCCUCCGCCGAUUUGCAACUCUUUCUGUGCCACAUUAUAAGCGACUAAACCUCAAGGCUCAGAGUUGGUGUUGAGACUCAGUCGAGCUACAGCAUCUUGUUUUGUGAGCCCUCAACACCUCCAGAGUCCAGUCAAGGGAUACUGUGUGAAACACUGCCAUGUCAGAGACUUUGAUAACAGGGCAGACAUCGGAGGAUCUGUUGGCUGACUUUGAGACUUUGCUGAACUCUGGGAGUAUCAACCUGGGCGAGGACCACCAGAUAGUGAUCAUCACCAGCCCCAGCAAUGAGGGACUCCACCCGGCAGCCGCACCCACCAGCACGGGGGAAAUCCUGCUGUUUGCCACGCCGCAGGGGCCCGCUGAUGUGGGGAUCCAAGACAAGAGACGGCCUGCCCUGGGAAGACCUCCGGUAAAGAGGAAGCUGGACCUUGAUAGUGACCAUCAGUAUGUUAGCACCACUCGACCAUCCAUAGGCCAAGCACCACCUUCCACACCUGCCCCUCCCCGAGUUCCUCGAACCACGACGGAGAAGUCACGGUAUGACACCUCCUUGAACCUGACCACAAAGCGCUUUCUGAACCUGUUGUCCCAGUCAGCUGAUGGCGUGGUGGACCUGAACUGGGCCUCGCAGGUCCUGGAUGUCCAGAAAAGACGCAUUUAUGACAUUACCAACGUUCUGGAGGGAAUCCAGCUCAUCUCCAAGAAGUCCAAGAACAACAUCCAAUGGCUUGGUAACCGUAUUGACGGGGCAUUGGUUGCCCGCCACAAGGAGUUGCAGAGGGAGGUGUGUGACCUCACAGAGGCUGAGGAGCAGCUGGACGAGCUCAUUUCCAAAUGCAACCUCCAGCUCAGACUGCUCACAGAGGACCCACAGAACAAGAAGCUGGGCUAUGUGCGCUGCCAAGACUUGAGGAAGUCCUUUGAUUCCCCGGACCAGCUGGUCAUGGUGAUCAGAGCUCCACCAGAGACCCAGAUGCAAGUUUCGGAACCCAGCGAGGGUUACCAGGUGUCACUGAAGAGCACGCGGGGUCCCAUCGAUGUCUUCCUCUGCCCAGAAGACAGCUCCGGCGUCUGCAGCCCCGUGACGGGAAGUAGUCCCUCGAAACCCCAAGCUGACCCUUCCUUGGCCCCGCCUCCCACACAACCCACAGACCAAUCACAAGCCAGAACCUCCACAACCGCACCAGAAGUGGGUUUAUCAUCACCAGCGUCCACGUCGUCCACAGUGACAGCAGCCUCCCAGCAGGACCCUUCAUCCCUGGUGUUAGGUGGCGACACAGAAUCUCUCCUGGGAGGCGACCCGUUCUCCAGCCUCGGAGACAUGCCCGACUUUGACUUCUCACCCCUCUCCUCCUCGGACUUCCUGAACGGAGAGGGCCUCCCUCUCCCAUUGGACGGUUUCAUUAACCUGUCCCCCCCUCACAGUCACGACUACCACUUUGGUCUGGAGGACCACGAAGGCAUCAGUGAACUGUUUGAUUGUGACUUUGGUGACCUAUCGCAAGUUUUGGGUGAGAGUUAGAUGAAAAAGAGGAGGAGGAGGAGGAGCAUGUGGGCGAAUCCCUCUAGAUUUAGGACUUUUCCUGUGUUCUUUGGGCUUCUAAAGGAAGACAUCAACAUUUUAUGGACAAAGCUUUGUCAUAAACCCACAUUUUAUUUGUAGGGUGUGGGGAAAAUGUUUGGUGUAGUAAUUGCCUGUGAUCCUGAAAAUACCACCCCAGCUGAAGAUCUUAGAAAGACCCCCAAAUUGUACAGCACUUCUCUUUGGCCAUUUAAACAUUUUAGACCAAGAACUUAGCUUUAGUAUAGCUAUUUAAAUUAUUUAUAUGAAUGUUAUUUUGAUAUUUUGUACCAAGUGAGUGAGUGGGCUUUUGUUGAUAAUGUUUUAUCCGAGUGGAUUGUGCAGGUGGUGUUUGUGUGUGGAGUGUGGACUCAUAGGACUGGUUUCCUGAACACUGAUUAGCUUGUAUGCUAUAACUCUUAAAGCUGGUGUCAACAGGCUCAGUCUGAAGUGAAUUCUCCACGAGGGGGAAAUGUCCACAGCCUGCAGCUUUAGGUUGAAGCUGCUUCAAUGAAAACAGCUUUAAGAGUAGUGCAGAUUCAGGACUGGGCUUUCCAAAAGCAUCUUGGAACUUUGGUGCAGUUUCACACUAUUUUAAAAUAUUUUUCACGACAACAGAAGUAACUCAAAGAACAAAACAGAAGUAAAAGGCUUCCAUGUCACAAAUAAUGUGUGUCCCAAACACUGGAAUCCUGAAAGACUGGAUCUCUUUAACUGACAGUGACAGUACGUGUUGCACAGACUCCCACUUGGGAUUCACAAUGGUCAACUUUUAAUCACCCUCCACACCUACUGACCAGCAGAUGGUCAGCUGUAGUUGCUGAAAAAUGAAUUGCUGUCAGUUUCAUUUUUGAUGGGGUGAACACAAACUAAGAACUAAGAUGCUUUUGGUGAGCGUUACGCUCAUCAUUCUUCAAGUAAUUGGUAACCUAAAGGAUUACCAUGAUGUUUCCAAAAUCUGUUUUUUCUUCAAAAGACACGUCAUUUAGGCAUCUGGAGUAAACUCUGGUUUCACCAAACCCUGCUCAAAAGCCAUUUUAGAGAGGUAGAAAUUCCAUAGUGUGAUGACAGAUGUGGUUUUGAAGGAAAAAUAAGAGAAUCAAAUCUCACAGGACAAGAUGUGUUUUGUUGGUGUGCAGGAAACCAGCUGAUAAUAGACUGCUGCAGUUAUGCUAGCGGGUAAAAACUAAUACUGAAUAAGUUGUUCUCUAUUAGUUAGCUAGGCGUUUAGCCAUAGUCUCAGGUGUUCGGAGCAGAGCAAAGUCUUAAAUGUUUUUGAUGCAAAUAUGUAUGAGAGUAGAUGCAUUUCAUGGGUGUUGUGUAGGUUGAUGGUCGAUUUUUACAGGUUUAAAAAAAAAAAAAAAAAAGCUUCAAGACAGUGGUAUUUUAUUUUCUUUCAACUUUUUCAGCCAGCGGUUCAAACAAGAUAAGUCCACUAGAUGCCUGUAGACCAAUGCUCACGAAACUAGCCGACUGUUAUUGUCAUGUGGGGAAGCUCCCGGCAGGUCCUGAGCCCUGACACAUGGUUCAAGAUGUUAUCGAUCCUUACAAACCAUACAGUCUUCAUGGCACGGUUUCUAAUAGCAUUGAGUGGUGUUUGUGUGUUGUCGCGGGUGAAUUAAAGCACAGCUGCAUCUUUGCUUUUACCAGUAUAAUCAAUGUAGAGCAGUGGUGACUUUAUGAAGGGUUAAGUGGAAGCAACAGGUUCUUGAAAGGUUUUUCAUAACAGGGGCAUCCUGUUAUUGUUCAGUAUAUGCACUUAAAAUCUGCUCAGAAAGUUAAUGUUCAUGCCUUAAAUCAAUGACCUCUACCAGGCAAAGGGAGAUACCUGGGAUAUCUUAUCUCAGCCCAAAAGGAUCAAUUCCUUCUUGUUUUUCUACAAUUGUCGGAUCACGCUUCAUCUUCAUAUACUACUACAUGCUUUGGUUGUUUUUUUUCUUUUAAUAUUAUCAGUUGAAAUAAGCAGCAAUAACAAAGAUGUUUUCUCAUCAUGUACUCAGAGUAUGACAUGAUGAAAAAACUGUCCUGCUCCGUGUUGUGUAUUGUUGAAUAGUUUGAAAUGUCUGCAUCAAAUCUCUUUUUCUUGUUCUAAGUUAUGUAAGCUAACAUGUUUUGCAUUCCUGAAGUAUUGGGUUUUAAUGUGUGCAUGUGUGUGGGAAAUACAAUUUGUUUUGUUGAAUUUCAUAUUUAUUUAAUAGGGUUUUAAUAGAAAAAUGGUACAAAAAUGUUUCAUCCAUUUUCUGGCAGGAAGGGAUUUUAUACCUUUUACUGGGUAGAUCCAAGCGAAUCGUGUGUUGAUAAAUGUGUCUUGUAAUGGUGAGAAGAAGUAUUUUGUUUGUAAAUUAGCUUUUCUCAUUAUUAGUCCAUUUAAUUUUGCCUUGUCCCCCCCCCUCUUUCCUAGAGAAUAUAUUUUACUGUCUUAUGUGUAAUUGUGCAUGUGCAACCUCUGCAUUGGCUAAUGAUGCCAAAAGAUAUUUUUCGAGACAAAAAUAUGCAUAACUACAGUCUAUUUGUAUUUGUAAUUUUGAGUGAACUGACUAAAGUGUAACUUCUUGUUUUAUCUCCAUAUUGCAGGCAGCAUUGCUAAUGUAAGGUUGCACAUGUAUCACUGUGUAGCCUUUGGGUGCCUCUGACUGUCAUGUAAAAAAAACACCUUGUAACUACAGUCAUCUUUUUUUUUUUCUUACAGUAAAAGUGUAAAUAAUCUUCAGGGUAAAGGUGAUGACCUUUUGGUCUGUAAAAACCUUACAAUCCAGACUCCUGAAGAGUAUCAACUGACAGCGCUGUUACGAGGCACUAAAAUGUUUCUUUUAUAACCCGUGUAAUGCUCAGAAUGUAUCAGAUCAUAUAUUUUUUUUGUCUGUCUUGGUCUUUGACUUCCAGUGGCAGUUCAACAGAUCGACAUGUUGUCAACCUUUUUGUGAAAAUUUGUGUCACAUGUUUGGAUUUUCUGCAGGACAAAUGCAGUGCCUUGUUAAGGUAAAAUGUUAAUUCUUGAUUAAUAUUCAAAUCAGGAUUUCUUUGUGUGUGGUCGUGGUGGAAGAAUGCAAUGUUUUCAAGUGUUGUGUGUGGUUUUUCUGGGGUUUUGUUUGAAGAAGUUCAAGAUAACAUUUGCACCAGGGUUGGAAUCAAAUUACCUUAAUUUAAAGAUACUACUGUAUAAAAAUGUAUACUUUUAUUUAUCCUGUUUGGGGAAUUGUAUGAAUUAAAGCAUGUGUGGCAUGCUGGAUUUUCUUAAAUAAUGGGUCAGGACAGUAUUGAAUAAAUUAGAUUUGAUCCAAGCUAUAAAACACUAUAAAUAUCUAUAAAAAGUUCAUUUUUAUACAAAAGUGUCUUUCUGUGUGUUGAAGUCCACCAUUGGACACAAAAAGGGUCCACAAGCCCGAUCUGCUGACAGAUGCUAUGAAACUGCUGUGGUUUAACAGAGUGAAAGUGAAUUGACUCCAACCCUGAUUCUGUUCAAAGUGCUUUUAAGGGGAACAGUGGCUUUUCCAGCAACUUAACAAUCAAUCACAUAAUCUUUAAAUGCUUUUUUUUUUUUUUUUUUUUUUUUUUUUUUUACAAAUUUUAUUUUUGUCGCUACAUACUGGGUAAAAAAAAAAAAGAGGUUUGUACUUGUUAAGAAUGGGUCUCAGUUUGCCCCUUUGUAUCAAAUUUUCUUUGACAAAAAUAAAAAGUUAAGUAUA